AUGCUUCGAAGCACGCCUCGGCAGACAGUUUUCGCUCAGCAGUCAGUGUGCUGUGUUCUCCAGCAUCCGUCGCAAGCCAUUCUUCCUGAACUCGACGUGAAGCUGGCUGGUGUAAGCAUGCAAAUGGUCAGCGAUGAACUUCAAGCAGAAGGACACAAGAACGAGGAGACACAUCACUGUCAGCAAAAUGUCUCUCUACCAUGUGACGGCAGCCACAAGAUCGACUGGUCCAAUUUGACCAUGCCAAGACUGAUGAAGACUUCAGAAGUUUGA